UGCUAGUAGAGUAACUAGCGAGUGGUCAGACCACGCGAUUCGUCGCUUGGCUGCUUUUCCACUCGGGGCUUCAUAACUAUUUAUUCCGAUUGUCCUGACGUAUUUGUGAAUGAAAAAACGGCAUCCUGAUGCAAAUCACGGCGAGAGAUGACGUUGACAAACAACCGAAGCCGGUAAAACAACAGAACCGACGCAAGCCGGAAAUCGUCCAGAAUAUAGUGAAAUCUGACCUCUAUCAGGCUCUCUUCCCGGCCUACCAUUUCAACAAAGUAUGUGGUCUCCUUCCUGUCAGUUUCACAAAAUUAAACUCCGGAAGAUAUUGCGGACGGUUGAAUUACCUCGAAGUUACGUACAGCGUGGGACUGCUGUUGCUCCUGAUAUGCGCCGAAUUCUGGGGCCUCUGGAGAGACCUUCACCACGGUUGGGAAAACAGUACGAGGAUGAAAUCGAAAACGGCUGUGGUGGUCACUUGUAGCGACAUUAUGGCGGUCGCUGGACUCGCGGCAAUUUCCAUUUUGGGCAUGCCUCUCAGAUGGAGCAAGAUACAGAACAUCAUGGAUCGACUCGUUGAGGUGGACGAGAAGCUUACCAUCGUAUCACCUAAAAAGACUCGAAGAUUCUGUAUAAUCAUUAUGUCCGUGACGUUGAUCUACUUCAACGCGCUUUCCAUAAUCGACUAUUACGUCUGGGAUGUGCAAGCGAAGAAAGUGAACAAGAUAAAGGACAAGGGAGCGAUUAAUUACGUGCCCCUUUACUUUUUGUACGUCCCUGUAUUGAUGAUGGAGAUCCAAAUAGCACUAGCAGCGUACAAUUUGGGCCAAAGAUUCGCUCGGUUGAACAAAUGUUUGGGAAACAUGUUGAAGACCGAGCGUUUUGCAAACUUCUUUUCGAACGAUCUUAUCCCAGAGAGUUUGCGUCACGUCACGCGAUACAAUCUUGAGAGUCUACUUCAGCGUUUCCUUCUCCAGAGAUCAAAGAAGUCAGUGACUAUAGGUGACUUCAACGAACACGGCCAAUUCAGAGCUGUUAUCAGGGGGGAUCUCAGAGGGGAACCCUUGUUUCGAAUACGGAAAAUAUCUGACAUAGAGCUUAUCAGAAGCGGCAGCAACAACUCCGCGGAGAUGAUAUACGACCUAGUAACGGUCCAUUCCUCAUUGUCAGACACGGUGCUCGUGAUUAACAGCGUCUUCGGCCUGCCAGCUCUCGUCGCGGUGCUCACCUGCCUCCUCCACCUAAUUAUCACCCCCUACUUUCUGAUACUUGAAGCCAAUGGGGACCAUAACGAAAUGUUCCUCGUCGUUCAGUUGAUGUGGUGCAUCGGGCAUGUAGGCAGAUUAUUGAUAGUCGUCCAGCCGUGCUACGCAGCCUCCGUUCAGGCGAAGGGAACGGCGGUUCUCGUGAGUCAGCUGCUGUCGGUUAAUUGGGAGCCAGACGUUCGGAAGCAAUUAGAAAUAUUCUCUCUCCAACUAUUGCACAGGCCGUUGGAGUUCUCGGCUUGCGGACUUUGUUCCCUGGACAGAUCGCUCGUGACUUCGAUCGCAGGAGCGGUGACCACUUACCUCGUCAUUCUGAUACAGUUCCAAAAGGACGAUGACACCAAAGAGACGAAUACAAUCCUGAAGAACGCGACGAUGCUGUUGAGGAACGCAACGACACUCCACAACGCAACGGCAAAGCAACUUUAAUCCCUCAAAUUCGGAUUCCCUCACGGUUGUAAUUAGGAGUUUCGUACAAGUUUAAUAUAACAUAAUACAUGUCACUGCGGCACGGGGGGUUUCGCAGGAAGACGAGGACUCUCGUAAUACGACUGUGAACCAGGCGUACCUCGAGUCGUGUUUCGAAUGCAAUAUUUCCUGCAUUUAGUACUUUCUGCGAUAGAGAGAGAGAGAGAGAGAGAGGAGAAAAAGUGAAAUAUUAAUAUAUCCGCACGUAGAGUAUAAAAAACUUGCAUAUGAAACUCGAGCCCGUGAUUUGCCUUGUCUUUGGACAAUCGGGCCUCGAAAUUCCACCUUCGCAAUAACCAGGUAUACGCAUUUGCGAGUGCUCAUAUCUCGACGUUUCGAAGCGAUGAACUAGAUACGUGCAUUCAUGAUAAAAAUAUUCAUAUUCACGAAAAAUAACGAACGCGACAAAUCUGGCCGGAUUCGAGGAAAGGUGUAAAGUAUGGCGGCCUUCGAAUCACUUUUCAGAAUCUUAUGUCACUCUCCUUGACAAAGGAUAAUAUCUAUAUAGGGACCGGAUACGUCAAGGCAAGUAACAACGAGGGACAGAAUGGCGGAUGGCCGUGAAGGGCGAAGUGAUUUUUCCGAACAAACUUUUUCAAUAUCAGUGUAAUGCAGAGUAACGUUUGUGCCAUUUCUUAUUUCGCUCUAUUUUGUAGUCCCCAAAAAAAUGGAUAUCUAUGUUUAUUUUCCGGAUUUAUAGAGUUCUGCGGAAAGAUUACACAAAUGUAUGUAUUCGGAGAUUUAUUUCUCACGCGGCUUUUUGCUUUAGCUUCUAGAAAUCCCUACAAAGUAUGGUCGCUAUAACGAGAGUAACAAGAAUUCGUUGAAUACCGGAUGCACCAGGGUUGGUAUGAAUAGCGUUUCAAAUAUAAUAUGUAUUGAUUGAACAUCGAUAGUUGCAGGAUUAAUAAAGAAUAUUUCGAAAUAUACAAAGUUGGCAAAGACAACUAUGAAACUAUUCACCGAAUGCAGACAAUGCUGCACCUGGUUGAAUUCCAUCGAUUAUAUUAAACGCUGAAAGCUUAAUAGACACAACUUUGAAAUUGGAAUAUCGCUGCGAUAGAACCGUGGGAAACACCAAGGAUAAAAUGUGAAUUCGAUUAAUAUCGUAGCUUUGAUCUACCGCUAGCUGCUGUACAUGAAAUUCCUCGAAUUAACGAUUGGUACAGUGGUAAAAUCUUGUCAUCGAAAUUGCCAACUUCGAAUAUCCAGAGAAAUUGAACUACCGUAUCACAUACAACACCAAUAUAUCCGAAUAAAAAGCAGUUCGCAGUUACGAUGGAAAAUCUAAUACCACCGUCGCGCAGUUUCUCAAUAUUAAAGAAGCUCACUGAUCAGCCCCAAGCUUUGAGGAUGAAUCAAGCGUCGUUUGAGCGGCGACUGCCACGACACCGGGCACCAGUAAUUACUGGCAGCAGCCCUGAUUGUCCGCCUUCCAAUUUCAGUCCAGGCGUCGCGACGCUCAUCAGGAUGAGCCGGUUCAGAGACUCCGAUUGAGCAGCAAGCAGCUGGAAAAAAUGAUGUACGCAUUUCUUUCCGUGGUUUGGUCGAGUCACAUCGACGCCGCGACGCCACAAAGUGCCCGGCAGCCACCUGCAGGACCUUUUCAUCUCGAUCGCGGCGUGCGUCGUAUUUCAAUGAACGUAUUUCAGUGCUCUCCGCACCCUCUUCGCUCUUCCAUUCUUACGAGAAGAGGGCCUCUUAGAAAGAAGCCUCUAGUCGAGUGUCAAAAGCUCUGUUCAUCGGUGAAUUGGGUUUUGUUCAGCCAUCGACUCCCCGUCCUGUCUUGAGACACGCCUGGAAAGCUAUUUCCGCUGUGACAAACUACCGUGAACUGUUCAUUCGCACCAGUUUCACGUCUCAGAGUGUCGCGAAUCCUUCGAGGAGCUAAACCUGUAAUUGCAAACAGCGCAAGCUCAUUUCUUAGGUCUUAGUUGCAUGGAUUUUUAAAUUGAUCAAAUAUAUCCAAAUGUAUAGUUUUCGAGUCCACAUGAGUUUACUUUCUUAUUAUUUUAUUCUAAUGCUCUAC